AUGUGUACACGCAACGUCAUCGAAUAUCGCUGCAAGCAUCAGGUCUCGAGAGGAAAUACGCGUUGCUAUCGCGACGAUUGCCCCGGCAGGACAGACGACCUUUCCUACGACACCGAAGACUGCCCUCAGUGCGAAGGCCACAAGAGAGUCCAAUCUGCGCGAUGGUGUCCCAUGGGCUGCUCGUGCAAAUGCGUGGUCAUGUAG